AUGCUACCUCAAUUGAGGGCAUUGGGGCAAAGCGGGGACUCCCCGAGCCCCGCCCCGCCCCGCCCCCCGGGGUCCCAUCCAGGGCCCCGGCGGAGGCACAGGCAAAGGCGGCACCGACAAAGGCGGCGUCUGUGCCCUGCCGCUCAAGAACCACCAGUGGUUCUCAACUCCACUCCGAUGAUAGCGGACCGCGCUUUCGAGGGUACCAGUGGCAACACUUUGCGGGAUCUACGUGAACACUUGAUCGCCGUGGCUCAAGAACUAGCCAGAGAAAGGCGACGUAAACAUGGUAUGACUUCUUCUGCAGUCGCAAAUAAGAGAUCAUCUUAUACACCUGAUGGUUCUGUCCUGAAAAAUGAUAUCAAACAGCAGCUUGCCAAAGAACGCCGAGAAGAGCAAAAGCGUCAACAAGAGGCUAACAAAGAAAAACAACUCUUUGAGAAACAACAAAAGGCAAAAGUGCUGUACGAAAAACAACUGGAAGAAAAACACCGCAAACUCAGGGAACAGAAAGAAAAAGAUGAGCGAAAACGAGCGUCUGCAGAAGAAAAAAGAAAACUAAAGCAGGCGGAACAAAAAGAAAAAUUCAAGGCCGUUGUGUCUCGUACAAUGGAACGAUGCAAACGUGUUGAUCAACAGCAGAAAAGGUGGUCGUGGGAGGGUGGUGCGAUCAACAGUGAAAAAUACGGUAAAACAGCAAGUAAACAAUGUUCCUCUCGAACUAGAAAAGAGAACCAAUUACCUUCUAGUGUUGACCUGGACAACAACAGGCCUAGUACGAGCAAAUAUGUUUUUCGCUCUGUUACUGUACCAAUGUUUACUAGUGACGAGCUCAAAUCUUCUGCAAUGUUUUCUAAACCAUCAGAAAAAAUGCCAGUUGCAUCAAAAUUAGAAACAAUACCCACAAAGGAAAUAGAAACACCUCUCAAGGCAGAUGUUGAGGGGCCAGCAAAUGUGAAUACAGAAAUCCCACCCAAGAUGAACCUGGAAGUGCCCUCCCAGGCUAACAUGGUCAGAUCAUCUAAGACUAAUGUGGAAGUAAUACUCCAGAGCACAGGGGAGGUCUCUAAUGUUAAGGCAGAUGAGUCUCCCAAGGUGAUUAUUGAAGAACUCACUGAUGUGAACUUAACAAGACACCCUAAAUCAAGUGUUGAUGAGCUCCCCACGAUGAGUGUGGGCGGCUCUUCUAGUAUUGGAUUAUUCCCCUUUGUGAGUGAGGAUUCAUCUACUGGCCUAAGUAUGGGACCAUGCUCCUUUUUAAGUACGGAAAUAUCUCCUGUUGUCAACAUGGAUGUCUCAGCUGACUUAGCAAGGGUGGAAGUCAUCUCAGAGGAAAAAACAGAAAAACUUCUUCAGACCAGUGGGGAAUUACACCUUGAAGCAACUAUGAAAGGACAGCCUAUGGCAAAUAUUGAAACAUCACCAAAGAACCCCGAAAUGGGCAAAAGAAAAGUAAGCUUUACCAUCAAGAGACAACCACCAACCCUCAUACCAUGCUACAAAUGGCCAUCAUCUCCCACCCUUGGGUGCCGCCCACCUUCUCCAAUGAAGGCACUGUAAAAUAAAAGGAUCCGACCUCCACCCCCUGAACCAAUCAUAAGAGUAUCAGCAACAACUUCUCUAACCUACAGAAUAAUCCCAGUUCAGAAUGUCCUAUAUGUGCCAAAUUCAUUAGGUCCUGUAGACAGGAAAAAAGAAACCAUUCAAAAGCCUAUGAUCAAAACAGAAUCUGGUACUAAAAGUAUGCCAAGGAACAAAUUGGCCGCGAAAGCUUCAAAAGCUUUGUUAGAGAUACAUCGUGCUUACAAAGAAAAAAGCAAAUUGGAGAAAGAGCACCACGAGACAAAACGAAGUGUUACUAGGAAAUCAGAAGUUAUGGCAGAGAAACUGGAUGAAAGUCCAACAGAAGAAUUCUCACCACACAAAGAUGAACUGGAAGAACAAUGUCUGACAAAGAGACAUUUUGAGUCAGCAGAAGACCAGAAGGAACAGUUACAGAAAGGGGACAGUGUCAUGAUGAAAUCUGAGGAGAGUGCUAAGACGAGAAAGAAGGAGCAGGAAAAACUUAGACUGAAAUUUUUGCAAGAAAAAAUUGAAAGGAAAAAGGCUUUAGAAAUAUCCAAUAAUUGUACAUCCAAAAAGAGUGACAUCAAUGACGAAGGUAAAGCCAAUGAUGACGGUGAAUCCAAAAGUGAUGAGGACUCUCUGGAGAUAUUUCCAUCAGGAAUGGAAGCUUCAUCUACCAAACUCAAAAAGUGUCCAAAAAAUGCCAAGAGAAAGCCUCAAAAGCUAGUGUUUUUACAAGCGGGAUCUGGUGAGAUCGAUACCAAGCGAGAAAUAUAUUUUCAUGGGAACAUGAAACCUGACAUACAAAAGUACAUAAAAGACUCUACAACUCAAGCAAAACCCUCAAGGAUGCCUACUAAAAAAACACCUACUGCCCACCCAAUAAAAUGGCGAAAGACAAAAGAAGCAAGCACCACCCUUCGAUCUACUCAGAGUAUCACCACCAAUCAGAAAUGGAUUUGUGACAAAAUUAUAGACCUUAGUCACACAACUACUGAAUCAUCUGUCAUAAAGACCACUCUGGAUGUUGACAAACAAGAUUCAAAGGAAUCUAUGAUACCCUACCAAGGUCCUCAGGCACCUUUGGAUGAUAAGAAAAGAGGCAAGUUGGUUUCUGCCCCUUUAACAAAGGCUUUGUCACACCUACUUACAGCUGGAAGAACACAGACACUUGAGAAUCCCUUGGCCUCCGGCUGUUCCAGGAUGCCAUUCAGAAGCGAGGAGGAAGAUAGCGGUGAGUCUGGAGGAAUGAUCUAG